AUCUUCAACGCUAUCUUCAUUCAUAUCUAUCUCCGUUUCCCUUUCAGCAAUGGAGAAGAUGGCCAUUGCCACUGUAAAUCAAGCUCAUUUCACUGCUGCUUCCAUUUCUCCUCUUCGAUUUUCUCUGUCGAGCAUCGGUAAAUCUCCAUCUCUUAACCGUUCUGCACGCGGCGCAAGUUUUUCCGUUAGAGCUUCGGUUGCUGUGGAGGAGAAGACUCUAACAAAGGCCGCUGUCAUCAGAAUUGGCACUCGGGGGAGUCCACUGGCCCUUGCCCAAGCUUAUGAAACCCGAGCCAAACUGAUCGAUUCGCAUCCCGAGUUAGCUGAGGAGGGAGCAAUCCAAAUUGUGAUAAUUAAAACGACCGGUGACAAAAUACUAAGUCAGCCAUUGGCGGAUAUUGGUGGAAAGGGUUUAUUCACAAAAGAAAUAGAUGAGGCGCUUAUUAAUAGCGAUAUUGAUAUAGCUGUGCAUUCGAUGAAAGAUGUGCCGACAUAUCUUCCAGAGAAUACGAUAUUGCCUUGCAAUCUCCCACGUGAGGAUGUCAGAGAUGCUUUUAUAUGCUUGACAGCUGCUUCGCUGGCCGAACUUCCUGCUGGAAGUGUUGUGGGCACUGCUUCUUUGAGAAGGAAGUCUCAACUUCUCAAUCGAUAUCCGUCACUAAAGGUGGUGGAGAAUUUCCGAGGUAACGUACAGACAAGGUUAAAAAAACUGAACGAGGGAGUGGUCCAAGCAACACUACUUGCAUUAGCAGGGCUAAAGCGCUUAAACAUGACAGAAAACGUUACUGCUAUUAUGUCCAUUGAUGACAUGCUUCCUGCAGUAGCUCAAGGGGCUAUAGGUAUUGCUUGUAGAAGCGACGAUGAAAAAAUGGCUACUUAUUUGGCAUCGUUGAAUCACGAGGAAACUAGAUUAGCAAUAUCAUGCGAGAGGGCUUUUCUAGAGAAAUUGGAGGGAUCUUGUCGAACUCCAAUAGCUGGAUAUGCACAUAGGGAUGAGAAUGGGGAUUGCUUUUUCCGAGCACUCAUAGCAUCUCCUGAUGGAACCGAAGUACUCGAGACCUCACGAAAAGGUCCAUAUGCGUAUGAUGAUAUGAUGAAGAUGGGCGUGGAUGCCGGUGAGGAACUUCUCUCACGAGCUGGUCCUGGUUUCUUCAAUCGAUAACUAGUCUCGAGUUCGUUGUGUAAGCUAGGCUAUUAUUGAUUGUGUUGUAAUUGUAGUUGAGGUCAAAUUUUGUGUAGCAUCUUAAUUUAUUUAAUUUUUUUCCCCACUUAUGUAGUGUGUUCUUGUUAAACAUUUGUAGCAAGUUGUACUGUGAUAAUAAUAACUUCGAUAAAAUAUAUAAUGUUGUUAAAGUUUUAUUUAUU